GAUUUAUUUUGGCCGACAUUGACUAUGGAGUCUCACAAAUCAACCGACAUGGAAUAGGUCAUGUUGUGUGAAGUAAUAACAAUCAAAGCGAGAUAUCCACUAAAAUGAACUCCUACUACCCAGCCUCGUUUUUUGCACAAUAUUCAACAGACAAUAUACCGCAUAACGUGGGAUAUAAUUCCAACAAUUUUGGAUUAUUAUCGCGUUUUGCUGAUCAAAUUUCUGCAUAUCACAGUAAUAACUUUAAUAGUGACCAUCAUCAUCGUUUUUCCAACGGAUUUUCUUCUCACCAUUCGCAACAGGAUUCACAUUUUCCGUCCCGGGAAAACUCGAGCAGCGAAAGCGCGGCGGCGGGAGGAGGUGGAGGGUCGGGAAGAAUUCCGAGCUACCCUCAGCCCGCCCCAGCGCAUCAACCAGAGGAAAACAAUGUACCGAGGUCUUACAGCUCCUGUAGUACCGACAACUGGAGUCCCCCACCCCACGGGGUUCAGCCGGGGUCCCCAGACUCUCUCCAUCACAGCACAAGUCCCUACUCCCCCGUGGAGAACAACAAUAACCCCUGUAAUAUGAUGUUACAUAAGAAUAUGAAGUCGGACCAGAACUCCAGCGAACAACCAACUCCUUUUUAUCCGUGGAUGGGAAUUGUUGGUCCAAACUCUGCACACAGAAGACGCGGAAGGCAGACUUACAGCCGUUACCAGACACUAGAGCUGGAGAAAGAAUUUCAAUUCAACCAUUAUUUAACGCGAAAACGACGAAUAGAGGUAGCCCACUCCUUGUGCUUAACAGAACGACAGAUUAAAAUAUGGUUUCAAAACAGACGGAUGAAACUCAAGAAAGAGAGACAAGCAAUAAAGGAGAUUAACGAUACCCCUGGUCUUCUUCCCUCAGACAAGAAAGACGACAAAAGUGACGGACUGUCGAGUGACGAGUCACCGUAAAUACCCGAACUAUUCCGAACACCAACGAGAAAGCUUUAGACAAUUACACGAGUUAAGGCUUUGUCUAUUCAGGCGAUACGGGUAAAUAGUUCGUCACUUCUUGCCAUAUAUGAGAUAUUUAGUAAUAUUAUGGCAAUUUUAACUUAUUCCAAAGAUAUUAUGUAUUUGUUACUAUUGUGAGGUAUUAUAACUUAGAUCUCGUAUAAAUAUAUAAGCUUGGUCAUAAGGCGUAAGAACAACCGUGUCUGUGUGUCUGCUAGUCAAGAGGAUCCUCCCAGGGUGAUAAUGUGCGUGCUCCGUUAAGUGUUGUCUGCCUUUAAUGUCGAAAUAGGACUGCAGAUGGCGCUCUGAGGAUGUCUAAGUGAUGUCGUCAUUUUUUAUUCACAGCGGAAUUUUAUGUCGCAUAAAAACUGGUUUGCUAAGAUUUUUUUCUCUGUGAUGAGACAAUGUUCAGUUCAAGUGAAAGGGUGUGAUAUAUAUAUGCGUGUGUUUAUAAUAUUGCAAUUACUUUGGACUGUUACAAAUAGAAUUCAUGAUAAACUUUAUAUCAUUGACAAUAAUGAGAUAAGGGUAAAAGCUUCGCUACAUUCAUGGAUAUUUUAAUAUAGGGUAAACUUAUAUGAAUAAUUGCUGAAUUACUGUAGCCUAGGCAACGAUCACCAUAUUUUUGUACAGCAUUCUUAGUACUUAUGGUUUACAAUAUAAAUCUGCUGAACGGAAUGGAAAUUGUGUGAAUAGAUUUAAAUACAUAAAAUACCUCAGAACUCCUCUUCCAUUGUACAAAUAUGUGUGAUGCAUAAGCUUUUUGUACGGUUUUUAUCAUAACUCCGUCUCAGGGUUAUAGUUUGCCACAUCAUCAUAUAGAUAUGUUUACGCCCUAACCUUAUUCAGAAGUAUCUUUUUGUUAAACGAUUGAUAGGAACACAGUAUCUAUAGACAACAUGAUGAACCAUCUCAGAUGUUGCAUUUUCAGUUUGCAAACAUCUAAAGCAUGGAUUUUCAUGAAUUGCUGCCAAAAUAUUUGAGAAAGUUGCAAUAGAAGUUCCCCUGUUUUUGUGUUGUGAUGUGCUGUUCUAACGAGACUGUUAUAUGAAUCAGAGAGAUUUUUUCCUAUAUGUUUGUUGACGUUUAGUUGUCUUACAUUGAUAAAACAAGUACUGCCAAUGUCAGUGGUGCAUUUCAGAUGUAAUAAAAUUUGUAAAGAGUA